AUGCUCUUACAUUGCUUGGAAACAGCUGUUCUGUUUUUUGUUUCUUUACUCGGAUUCUCUGUAAAUUCAUAUUUCGUCUACAAAAUAUUAUCAACUCGUGUUGCAAUAAACUCAUUUCAAAAAUUAUGCUUCGUGAAAGCAUUUUCGAAUGCCGUUAUUUCUCUUACAAUUAUUGUCUGGGCGGUCCCACUUUCCGCGUUUUUAAUCGAAACCAAUGGUUUUUGGAGAAAUGUGAAUGUGGGAAUAUCUGAAUUAGUUGCUUCGGGAGGUUAUAUUUUUGGGCCAUUGUGUCAAAUUUUGAUGGCUGCUAAUCGAGUUAUCAUCAUGUAUUUUCCAUUUUGGAGAAUGAAAAUCAGUAGAUUUCCUAGUACAAAUGUUGCUGUUUUUGUUUGUGCUUUCGUAUCUCUUUAUUGUAGUGUUGCAGGAAUGCGUGGCCCUUGUGUUUUGACUUAUCACCCAGACACGCUGGCAUGGAGCCCUGAACUCUCGACUUGCACAGAUUCAAUGGAUGGUUUACAACUUCCAAUUAUCAUACUCUUGACCAUGGUUUCAAUUAUUUUCAAUUUCAUCGCAGCAUUCAAACUGAUUUACGAUAAAGUUGCCGGAAUUAGUGAUGUCCAAAAACUCAAAAGACGGAAUAAAUGGCUACUAAACUUUAUUCAAAACGUGAUUCAAGAUGCUCUUCAUGUAAUUGACAUGAUAAAUUACACUUUUAUCUAUAAACUAAAAGAUGCCGAAUGGUUUCAAUUUAUCUUUUUGAGUCUAUCGUUUGCAUUGAUUUACGCAUUAGACGGAUUAGUGAUGACCCAUUUUCAUGUUUUUCAACAGCAAAAGAGAACAAUUCCAAAAUUUAAAAUUGGUGCACCGAUGGGCACAAUCGCAAUUACCAGUCCUCGACAAAUUUAG